GCAUACAGGGACGAACUGGAGUCAGGUACGUUCGAGAAAGCGCAAUCCUGCACGCAUUAUGUGUAAGUAUUGUAUUCUGAAAUUAGUUUGGAAGAAAAAAGAUAUUUUUUGAAAUGAUUUUGAACGGGACUCCAAGCAAAUUAAAACCUGAUCACAACGGCAAAGCUUUUGGUUCUGGUUGCGGACUUGUGGUUGGUUGGGUUAAGCACCGGCCCUGCCCUCCCCCCGGGACGAUUCAUAAACUCCUCUGCUUCCCCUGCCCCCGGCCCUCGCCGCGCGUGCUUCCCUGAUCUCAACGCCGUCUCCGUCGUGUCGCCUGCCGCACCAAGCCAGCCCACAAUGUCGUCCGUCAUGUUCAACGGCGACGAGGUCGCCCCCUUCUUCGGCUUCAUCGGCGCCGCCUCCGCGCUCGUCUUCUCCUGCAUGGGCGCGGCGUACGGCACGGCGAAGAGCGGCGUCGGCGUGGCGCACAUGGGCGUGAUGCGGCCGGAGCUGGUGACCAAGUCCAUCGUCCCCGUCGUCAUGGCCGGGGUGCUCGGCAUCUACGGCCUCAUCGUCGCCGUCAUCAUCUCCUCCGGGAUCAACCCUGUCGCCAAGCCCUACUACCUCUUCGACGGCUUCGCCCACCUCGCCGCCGGCCUCUCCUGCGGCGUCUCGGGGCUCGCCGCCGGCAUGGCCAUCGGCAUCGUCGGCGACGCGGGGGUCAGGGCCAACGCGCAGCAGCCCAAGCUGUUCGUCGGCAUGAUCCUCAUGCUCAUCUUCGCCGAAGCGCUCGCACUCUACGGGCUCAUCAUCGGCAUCAUCCUCUGCACGCGUGCGGGACAGUCCCGGGCAGAUUAAUUUGUUAAUUAGAGGCACAUCUUCUUGGCAUCUUCGCUGUAAUUAGUUACUACAGUAGUAUCAUCUAGUACUAGGUAGGUUUGUGAUUUUGAUGGUACCCUUUGUAUCAAAUUGUUUUUUUGCGGAUAAACCCACUAAAAAUGCAGGGAUGAUUUU